ACGAGAGCGCGGUGGCCGCGGUGUAGUAGCGAACACCUUUGAAGACGACGUCGAUGAUAUACGUGAGUGCGUGUGCGGAAGGUCGGCUUCUUCGUUUCUUGCGCUAUUGUUGAUCUGAUUGUAAGUAGAAUAUAUCAGUGCGUGGGUUUUAAAUGUGUUGGUGGAAGGCAGUCGCUCAUACCACGAUUUUGGCUGAUUGUUUUCGAGAUGUAGCAUGGUUGUUGUGACUCACACCGAUAUUUGUAUACCUAUCACCUUUUGGAAAGAGUCCUUUAGAGGAAGAUUGCACAUUCGCUACAUAAUGCCAUCGGCUCGACUAACCCUCCGCGAAGAGGACGUCGUCCGAUUGGCUCUCGAAUUCCUCUACAAUCGCCAGCUACACAUCUCUCAAUUGAGCCUUGAAAGAGAAACGGGCGUCAUCAACGGCAACUACUCAGACGACGUUCUAUUCCUGCGACAACUCAUCCUCGACGGACAAUGGGACGACGUGCUGGAGUUCAUACAACCCUUGGAGGCGUUGAAGUCCUUCAACAUGAAAAAGUUUAACUACACCAUUUUGAAGCACAAGUAUAUCGAGUUGUUGUGUAUCAAGUCGGAGGCGAAUAUUCAAGGUAAUAGCAUGGAUAACGCCGUAGAAGAAGUAGUUAGUAUACUAAACGAAUUAGAAAAAUACUCAGCAUCGAAAGAAGAAUACUCGACGAUGUGUCUACUACUCACCCUUCCCCGAUUAUCGGAUCAUUUACAGUACAAAGACUGGAACCCAAGUAACGCUAGAGUACAGUGUUUCCGAGAGGUCUAUCCAUUGGUGGCCGAAUAUCUGCUGGGUGAUAAGAAACCCACUGACGGAAAUGCUAACUCUAGCGCCCAAAACGACAGACUGAUUCAACUCAUUAUUAAAGGUAUACUCUACGAAUCUUGUGUUAAUUACUGCCAAGCCAAAGCGACGGGUAGCACCGACUCACAAUCACAAGACAUGAAUUUCAGUAAAUUAUUAGACGGAAGUGUAGGUUUUAGUGAUUCAGAUUUAAGUUUACUUUCGUGGUUGCAAAGCGUCCCCUCGGAAACGUUUUCUGUCCCGUUCGAGCAACGUACCCUCAACGUGGACGUCGAGCGGUUGGAAAGACCCAGUUUGGAGACGUCCUGGACUGAGCAUAUGCUGAUAACGCCCAUAAAGCCAAAGACCUUUCCGCAUUCUGCGAUGCCCUUCACGAGGCCGCGAUCGGCUGCCGAUAUUAUGUCGAGGUCGCUGAUGUUGCCCAUGGGAGAUGGGUUACAGUUCGCACAAAACAAUAAUAUGUCGACGUCAGCGAGGAUGAUGGUCUUAAGCACUGGUGAUAUUGGCUUAAAUAGGCCUAUGUCGAGGAGUAGUUUCGCUAGCUUUCAUUUGACUGGUUUAAAGAAUAGUAGAAACAUGAACGCCUCAGUGGACCGAUUGUUUGAGAACGAGGGUGACGUUUUUCUGAGCAACAGUUACGGAGACUUCCAACAGCACAUGCCAUCGAUACAAGAACAAACCAGCACGCCAAAACCGAGUGCCAACAAUACUCUACCAAGCUGCCCGAAAAAUCCUAUCGUUGAUAGAAAAUCGAAUACCUCAACGCCUGAACCCAAAGACAGAGAGAGUCCUGCUCCUACUGGAACUGAAAUGACUCCUCGACCAGACUACUAUGACAGUAGAGCAGCAGCACAACCCGUGAUAUUUAGUUCUUGUGCCGCUGCAAAUACGGAAGCAGGCGCAAUUCAACCAAUCGAUCACAAUUAUUCGGGAGAAUUAGUUAGGGAAUUUCAUAGGACAAAGCAGAAACUACAAGAGGCGCUCGUGCAACGGGAAAAGGAGCGGGAAGAACUAAUUAAGCAGAUAAACAGUGAUAAUCAGAAAUUUAGUGGAGACAGCAAACAAGGUGGUAGCAGUGCGAAUAUCAACAAUCAAGGUAUACACCACCUCGACUCCAGCAUCAACCAUCCAAAUUUAUCUAAUGGUAACUUAGUGACCAGAGGGAAACCACCAACGACGAAGCCUUUGAACGGAACCAACCUGUCCAGUUAUAGGGGGUCGUUAGAAGAUACUACCUUACGACACGUAAUUGAAGAUCAGCCUGUACCUCAUACUCCUCCACACGGCUCCCCAAGACAAGACCAAGACAACGGCAUCGAAAGCCAGAGGCCUAAAUUCGUUGCCGUGACCACGUUGGAAGACGUCCAAGCCGUAAGAUGUGCCGAAUUCCAUCCGGGAGGACAACUCUACGCCGUGGGUUCGAAUUCGAAAACCCUGAGAAUAUGUGCACAUCCGAAACUUUUGGACAUCAGGGAAGACCACGAAACCUACCAGCCAACAGUGCUCUUCAAACGAACCAAACACCACAAAGGUUCCAUCUACUGUCUGGCAUGGUCUCCAAUCGGCGACCUGAUGGCCACCGGCUCCAACGACAAGACAGUCAAAUUGAUGCGAUUCAACGCCGAUACCAACAAUUUGGAAGGUGACGAGAUCGAGCUAACCAUGCACGAUGGUACCAUUAGAGAUCUGUGUUUCUUAGAGGAUCAAUCGAAUAAAUCGAGCCUGUUAAUCAGCGGUGGUGCUGGAGAUUGUAAGAUUUAUGUUACUGAUUGUGCUACUGGAACUCCAUUCCAGGCUCUUAGUGGACACACUGGUCACAUCUUGUCCCUAUACACAUGGGGAGGUGCUAUGUUUGUGAGUGGUUCCCACGACAAGACAGUCCGUUUUUGGGAUCUUAGAACUAGAGGUUGUGUCAACGUGGUGACCCCUAUCACGGUACCGGGUAGUAGACAAGGUUCACCGGUUUCUACCCUUUGUGUGGAUCCUUCUGGUCGUCUCCUGGUUUCAGGACAUGAAGACAGCUCCUGUGUAUUAUACGAUAUUAGAGGAGGAAGGAAUGUUCAGUGUUUCAAGCCUCAUUCCUCUGACGUCAGGUCGAUAAGGUUUUCUCCAUCGGCCUAUUACCUGCUGUCUGCUGGAUACGACAACAAAUUGGUGCUGACAGAUUUACAAGGAGACCUCACUUUACCUUUACCCAGUGUCGUAGUGGCUCAACAUCAAGAUAAAGUAAUCUCAGGACGUUGGCACCCUGCGGAGUUCUCGUUCUUGUCCACGUCUGCCGAUAAGACGGCCACCUUAUGGGCUUUACCUCCAGUCUAAUUUUUGUAUCAUUUACAUCCUCUGUUAAUAUUAAAAGUCUGAAUUAACAAAUACUCAUUAAAUUAAUGGCACUUUCGCACAUUAAUAUUUAUUUUUGUGAAUUGGAACGAUAUUAUUUGGAAGUUUUUUGUUAAUAAUUAAAAAAAAACGAAUUUAAACUGUUUUGAAGUAAAAGAACGGGUAUUUCAACCUACUGGCUCUUGAUCAAAAAUGUUUUAUACUUCUUAGUUUGAAAUAUAAAUCGGGUUAUUUCUGUUUUUUGAUUCUUAUUCAAUACAGUACAAUUCCUCUUAACUGAUUACCUGGGGGAUACAUAUUAUUAUGGGAAUAGAAGUACCAUGUAUCUAAAAGACUCAUUCAUAUUCGUGUAAAAUUACAUAAACAAGGGAUCAUUUCAUAAAAGAGGUAGAUCCCUAGUUUAUGGAUGUUCACACCUCGUACAAUAUAUAACGAUGUAGGGCAUUGUUUGUCCUUGAUAUGGGUUGGCCAGCAGGAAUACCUACACUUAUUUACCCAUCAGUACUUUAUUGGUUGUUCAAUACAGUAGUUGUUGAAUAUGAAUAGUACUCAACUGUUGACGGCACUCAUCAUCUAUUACCCUAGGCGGCGGGCAACCCCAAAUCUAACUGAAUAACUCGCCAUCUAUUAAUAAUAAUCCCCGUAUUAUUUCGCGUGUAUCUAUUUAUUAGAUCGAUAUGUUUGUAUACAUUUUCACUUUCAUUUCUAUGUCAAGUUUAUAUGUACAUAUGAUAUAAUAAUAUGCUUACUCGGCAGAAGUCACCGUGUCAUCAAAAUGCGUAUCGUAGUAAACAUUGAUCGUCUGUUUGUUAUUUAACAUUCUAUAUAAAUAAUAUCGUAAUACAAUAUUGUAUUAACAGUACAAUACAAUAGCAAGUAUUUCGUAUUUUAAAAGGAUUUUAGAAUUAUCUGAAAUAUUGUACUCCGCUGAGCUAAAUGUUAAUGAGUCUCUUAGAUAGCUGGUACCACUAUACUAUUUUUUUUUCUUCUGAUAUUGGAAAUUUUUUGAAACCGUACCAGGUUGAACCAUCCCUUGGGAUAGCUGGCGUGUGUUGGAUUCAGAGUAGAGGAGUACAUCCGAGCCCAGUUCCCUCUAGAAGGAGGUCCUGCAAAUGGAUGUCUUCCUGUUAUACUGCCUACCAACUAAAACCCCCUUUCCUACUUGUGCGCAUUGUACUGUCGCACGUGUCGUACUCCGAAAGGGAUAUGAACGUUCUAAUUCAAUGAACUCAGUGGCAUUCACGACCAAGUCCAGUCAGAAUGAUCAACAAUUCAUGUUCCAGAAUUGGACCGCAUAUUGUUUGGAUAAUCUGGAUUCAUCCAGAGAUAUUGCUACAAUUAUAAUAUGUAGGUAGCUUUUUCUGAAAGAUGGCAUAUUCUUUAUAUUAAUAUUAACUUGAAAUUCGGCAGACCACCUGCAGAAUUUCACUCACAAUAACUCAAUUACUUAACGUAUCCAUAGUGAACCUGCUGAAGCUUCUCUGAAAUGGCCACUGUUGUUUCUUGACCUCUUGGCUGCUGCUCAAGAUACCUUUAUCUUGCACAAGAUACGGAGGAUGACUUUUCUUUGUUUGUAUUCUCGGAAUGUCUACUGAUUUGCACUGCUUCACGAUUUUUUCUAUAAAAACUAAAGAUUUUUGAAAAUACUUGAGUCUUUUGAAUAAUAUUGAAUGGCUGGUUUCUUGGAAGGAAAUUUUCUACCAUUACAUAAUGGAAGAAAAAAACCACAAAUAAUGCAUUGUUAGGCUCUUGUGUACAUUUCGCUUCAGUUAUACGGAACUUCUUCAUGAAUAAGAUAUAAUGUUUCUCUUCUAGAUUUUCCUGCCGCUCUUCUCCAAAAAUCCAUUUCCGUUGCUCUGGGCUUUGCCAUGUUCUUUCUUUGAGUGAUAAUAUUUACUAUAGUUUCAUAAUAUCUUCUUUUUAUUUUCUUUGCUGAUAAACUGGUCCCAUAAAAUGCUGUUUAAUAUUGUAAAGGCUUUUCUACCUGCCGUAUUUCUUUCCCUUGUGACUCUGUCGAAUGUUUCAUCGUGCGAAAUAUUGAUACCUAGAUAUUUGUAGUCAUAGCAAUGCUUUAGCGUGGUUCUGUCGUCUAAUGUGAGAUUUUUUGUUGUCCUCGAAUCCAGAAGUAUUCGGUUUUAUUUUUAUUGACUUAUUUAUUUUUAUUGAAAAAAAAUUCCUACAGUCACUCAAUUACACAACGUGCCCACAGAUGACACAUACAUCUUCUGAAAUUACUCUGCAAUGGUCCUUAUGUACCUAACCAAUCGUUUUCGUCAUCGACCAUUUCUGCGGUUCUUGGGCUUGUGAAGAUAACUGUUACCUUGCUCCCAAUCUCUUUUGGCAUGUUCUGGAGGAAGUAUAGAGUUUUUUCUAGAAAGAAUAUUCAAUAUGCAAUCCUUGACAUCUGCCAAUGAAUGAUGUGUAAAAAAAUCUUGUAUGAUAAUUGAUUCGGCUUUUAACAGAGUGACCAGUUUGUCCAAUGUAUACGUGGCGACAGGAACAUAGAAUAUACAUCACAAGAAGAAAGGAGCGGCGGUGAAUCUUUGAGAACUAGGAAAAAUUCAGAAAUUUCUUUGGAUGAUCGGACAGUGAGUCUUUGUCAAAAGUUUGCCGAUUAUGCAAUAAAAUGAAACACGAUUUUAUUAUCCAGCUACAAGAAUCAUCUAAUCUCGCACUUGACAGUUUGUUUUUCGCCUCUGAGUCUUGAAUUAACGUACAUACAGGUCGUCCAAAAGAGAAAUCAUUUAAUCAAUGAAUAAUCUAUUGUAAAUAACCCGUUCUUUUGAAAAAAAAAAUACUUUUAUAGAAAAGUAUAAGGUUUAAUUUUAGUAAUUUGCUUAAUUUCUAUUUGAAACAAAAUUAACUAAACACAAACUAAAAAAAGUAUUUCUAAACCAAGCAUACCGAUAAUAUCGAAGAAGAAAAGGAAGAGAUAUAGGAAAUAAACGACAAGGAAACUCAAUUAAUUUUGAAUAAUACUUUUGUUUGAGAGACUAGCAUAGGUGCUGUUUUUGUAAUAUUUGAUUUUGUGAGUACAUAAGUGACACACGCUGAUAUUAGAAGUAACUGUCAAAUAUAUUUCUCAUAAAUAUUGGUACAUUUAAUAUUAUUGACUUCUAGUAGAUGAAAAAAAUUAUUUAAACGUGUAACACUUAACAAUUGUUACCCCUUUGUCUGGGUUAGUUUAUUUUGUUAUUUAUUGAACAUUGCUGUAGGACGUGAAGCCUACCGGAAGCGUAGUAUUGUUAGAAUUUGAGAAGACAAACGUUAAAUCGACAAAAUAUGUAUAUGUAGGUAUUUAAAGAGAAUAUUUCAAUAUGUGGAUUUAUUUUGUUAGUGUUGACCAUAAUUUUAACUUUAAUAUAUACGUACAUAUAUUUAAUGCAAUAACUGUAUAUAUUUUCUUACUUAUUUUUAAGCUUUUUGUAAAAGAGACUAAAAUGACUAUUGUAUUCGAUGUUUUUUGCUUUUAAUGUUAAUUCAAAAAAAUUUACUGUAUGUUAUAAUAUACUUGAAUGGUUACAGAAUUUUUAAUAAUAAUAAUAUAUUAUAAUAGUUGA